AUGUGGCCCGCAGCGUCGUGUGUGUGGGUGUGUGUGUGUGUGAUAUCUGCGAGCUGCAAGCACAUGCUAAAAUUGAGGAAAUUCUGCCCACCUUACCCGUCUUCGUACCUACCCGUAUUACUUCGUACUCUGUCAGUCUGUAUGUGUACGGAGCACCCUGCCCUAGAAUGGAACGCACUCACCCCUUCCAAGCUCCCGUUCUCAUUCAUUCCUGCCUUACGGAUACGGAUACCUUGA